UCCCUGUAACCACUAGGGCGUGGACCAACUUAGAGCAUAGAGGAAACCAGAGAAAAGACACGGAAGCAAUGGCUGAUUUGAGUGAAGUAGUAGAAGAGGGACGAUCAAAAGAUGUGAAGCAGGUCUGGUGAGUUUGAGGUCCAGUCAAGCACACCAACACCACAAGUAACAAAACUCCAGACCAGAAUUUGAUCCCGGGCGAGGCUACAAUUUAUGUUACGACCCAGCUCAAAGUCAUAAAGAGGACACUUAAAAUAAAGUUUCAAUAAAGAAAAUAUAAGUUUAUUUCAGGUUAAAUCAAAUAAUGUCUAGGGUCAAAAUGUUAAAGAAUAAUAAAAGAAUCAAAUCAAAUAACUGUUGGAGAUUGGUUUUGUGGAAACAAAUGGGAACACCAAAACAUCAACCCACUCUUAAACAAAGACAAGGAAACAAAAAUGAGAGCAUGAAUACCAUUCCAUGAGCCUCUUAAAUAGGAGUGCCACAGGUGCAGCCCAUGAUCAGCACUGAAGUCCGGCCAAUCAAGGAGGAGCCUCUGUCCCUGCAAUCUCACAACAAAAAAAAAAAAUAAUAAUAAAAUAAAGGAAAAGGAGCAGGGCUAUGAACUUCUCCACACUCUAGGACCUUUGUUUCCAAAUGAAAUGUAGAACUUGCUCUCAUCUCAAGAGGACUUUGGGCCAUUUGUCAACCGUCCAGUUCUUCUCCUUAGCCCAGGAAGUAAUGGAUCCUUUGUCUAAAACAGAAGUUGAAGAGGGAUCUUCAAAAGAUGUGAAGCAGAGAGAACAAAUGGAAAGCUUCUGUUUUCAUUUCCAAAAUAAAACGCGGAUAAUUGAAAUGGCCAUUGAUACAUCCAUGACUGUGAUUAAGACUCUUAUGGAAUCGUUAACUUUCAAGAAGGAACAAAAGAACAACGUGUCCAAAGAAAUAAUCAUCCAGAGAUCCAAAGGGAAAGUUCCAGGAGCAGCUGUGAAGACAGAUUUUCCCUGUUGUCUUAUUGAACCAGAUGAUAACCUAGAAAUAACUUUCAUCCAAAAUACAAGAACGUCUCCUACAGAGACAAUACCAGCAGCAGAUAUUUCACUACCCAGUACAGACUUAGUCACUUUUUACAUUAAAACGACAGGAGGCAAAGAUAUAACAUAUUUGAUGAAAAACAAUGAACUGCGCAAAAUAGCUGAAUAUGUUUGUGUUUAUGCACUCAAAGGAGUUGAAGUUGAAACUGCUCUUAAGCAUGAUGGACGAUUCAUUGAUAAAAUAUUCAAUGAUAAACAAUGUUUACUCUUCGAGCUUGAAUCAGAGUUCGGAAGUAAAAAAUAUCAUGAAAUGUCUAAAAAGGUUGAGUAUGUUGAUGGAAAGAAAUUACAGAUAAUUGAUACUGGUCCCAAAGCUCCUGGUAGCCAAACGAAACAAACUAAAGUCAAGAAUAAAUCUGAUGUAGCUUCAGCUGCUGAUUCAGCACAAAAUGACCCAGGCCAGCGUCCCAAUGGCACUGAACAAAAACAAACCCUCCAUAACAAAGAUUCCACUAGUCACUUAACUAAAUGGCCAAUCAUUCCAGACUCUGAAGAGAUUCUGAAAAUUCUGCGUGAUCAGCAUAAAUAUUUACUGAAGACUUUACUGGAGCGUGAGGAUCAGAAAAACAACUCUCCGUUCCAACUCCCAGCAGAAUAUCAGUUCUUCAGAGCAGAAUAUGAUAAAAGUGUUCAGAGUUUUUCUGAGGUGUAUAAAAUAAAGCAGCUCAUGACGCUCUCUGACUCUGUGUGUCAGAUUCGAGUGGAGGGAUCCCCCAGAGGAACCGGCUUCUUACUCUUCGGGGGGUUUGUUCUAACUAAUGCUCAUGUUAUUAAGCCAUUUCUUGAGUCUCCAGCCAAGCUUUCUUCUACAAAGAAAUUAGAAGCUGCAUUUGAUUUUGAACGUCUGGACUCAAAGGUGAUGCUGGUGCCAGUCAAGGAACAGCUUGUUGCUUACUGUUACAUCACAGAUGCCAAUAAAUGCCACCUUGACUUCGCUCUUCUUGAACUGAAAGCUGUUGAUAAAAUCACAGGCCGUCCUGAGUUGCUCAGAUUUUACAGUCCUGGCCCCCCUCCUAACCGUGGUGAGAUCUGCAUUGUGGGACAUCCAGAUGGUGGGAUUAAGAAAACAGACCCCUGCUUCAUCAUUGAGGGGCAAAAUCUACAAGAGAAUAUAGAUAAACACAUCUCUAAGAAUAUCAGUUUCAUACCUGUGAUGACACAGAGGUGUUUUGAAGAAAAAUGGGAUGUUUAUAAAAAUCAGAUUAAUUAUAACUCUUGUUUCUUUCACGGAUCUUCUGGCUCUCCAGUUUUUGAUGAACACUGCUAUCUGAUUGGCAUGCACAGUGGUGGAUAUGUGUAUCCAGGAGAAGAAGGUAUAACUAGAAGCAUUGUGGAAUACGCUUAUUCCAUGCAGCCCAUCAUUGAUAUGAUCAGAGGAAAGCCUAAUAUGAACUCUUUGGAUGAGCUUCUCAAUACCUUAGAAGCCAACAGAAAUAAAAGCAAUGAGUCUGGGCCUGCAGAGCAAGAGAAUCAGACCGACAGCGAGACUGAAUAAGUCCACACAUCUAUGAUGACAAUUCUUUGGAUGACAUGACUGCAAUAGCUUCAAUUCUGAAAGAUUUGUUUUAAAUGUUAUGAGUUUUCACUUUUCAUAUUAUUUUUUAGAGAUGGCAUGUUUAAAAUCCUAAAUUACAGCCUGUUUCUCUUAUUUUUGAUAAAUGUAAAGUCAUGUAUCUUACAGGUGAUAGAGGGUUUAUUCAUUUGGUUGAGACUACAAGUAGAUUUAUAGUACAUUCUUUAUUGUAUUUACUUUACUCUUAUUCAUACAUUCUUGUAUAUUCGUAUAUCCAUUCACAAUAAUUUCACUCAUACAACAAAUCAUUCAUAUAUCUUCAUAUCCAUGUUUAUAUUAUUUUUACUUUAUAUAAGUUUUAUGCUGAUUUUACAUUGAUUAAGCUUAAUAUUUUGCCUUUGCUGUAAGGGAUCAUGUUCAAGCUUCUACAACAAAUCUUUAAAUCACAUAGAUACACCAAAUUAACUGAUUUGACAACACUGCUGUAGAGGCUGAAGGUUAAUUCCAAGACUCAAGCUGCAAACCCCAGAUCACUGUUCUUCAUAUUUUUUUGCUGGAUGUAAAUGUCAGUUUCAAAUAAAACCAUUUUAUUUAACAAA